AAAUAAUUUAAUACUAAUCAUGGCUACAGUGAAUGUUCAGAUCAAUGUGAACCAAUAUUAGCUUAUAUUGUAAAAGUAAAAAGCUAAAAAUCCUUAUUAACUUGAUAAAAAAGAAUAGUUAAGUGGUCCAAUUAACAUUUAUGAAUAAAGAUUCAACUCUGUCAAUUUCUCGAAUUAUAAAAUUAAUGAGGUAAUUGGAUGGAUAAUGAUAAUUUUUGUGAUAUUAAUGAUGCUUGUCAUGAUCAUUUCUCUCAUUCAAGAUUCAGUUGUUGGAUUUGCUAUCCCAUAACUUUCAGUAGUAGGAUUUUUCAUAGUUUAUCUAAACUGGAUAUCUAUGAAGUUCUUUAUCAACUCAUGAUUUUGAACACAUAUAUUCAAACGAC